AUGAAUGCCGAUCGGAGCGGCGAUCCCAAUUUCCCUCCAGGAUUGCGCAUACAGCCAAGCAGCUCGCAGAGACGACCACAGGUUCAAAGCCGUUGCGAAGCAGCCGACCAGGACCAACGGCAUAGCGCUCUUCAAGAUGAUCAACAGGCUGGCAACCUGACAGGGAGGGCGUCCUGGGACCAAGACACAACCGAGGACAUCGAAUCAUUUGGGAUAGCUGGUAGGAUCUGGGAGGCCGCCUACCUGCUUGCACGCUACCUUCGCCCGGCUAUUGAGCUCCCUGACGAGCUCGAAUUCGAUCCCCCAUGCUCGCUCUUUGAAGCGACCAGCUCGCAGCAGAAGCAGCCUCUCACAAUCGUUGAGCUGGGGUCAGGUGCUGGGUACGGGUCCUUACACCUGGCCCACCAGCUAUUGCAACAUGCUCGGAGUACCGAGAGCUCAUCCCCGAAAACCAGGCUUGUGCUCACCGAUCUGGAGAACGUUGUGCCUCUGAUGCAGCGUAACGUAGCCCUCGCUGGAUAUCAACAAGCCACACAGCACCUGGAAGUGAGCGUCCGCAGCCUGGCUUGGGGCAACGAUGCUCAUGCUACUGCGCUCAUCUCGGAACUGUGCACUGCCUACUCAGCUAGUGGGAGGAACGAAGCUCGACCGAAUCCUCUCACGCACAUCCUCUGCUCGGACCUCGUCUACUUUCCCGAACUGCUCCCUCCUCUACUCAGGUCCAUCAUCUUGCUCUCCGAACAAGCACUCGAGGCGGACUCAAGCAGCGGCCCAGAGCUCAUCAUUUCGUACAAGAUCCGCUCUCUGACCAAAGAACAGCCGUUCUGGUCUGCGCUCGAUUCCUGGUUCGAUUUCCGAGCCGUUGACUGUCGCCCGACAUCUAAGCCCAAAGGCAAAAACUCUGCAACCGACGACUCAGAGUCACAAUGGCAUCGCUUUGGCUCCGAAGGUGAGGACUAUGGCGCAUCGGUGGCGUCGGAUCAAGAGUUAUUUGUGUUUGUCGGCUGUCGACGAAAGGAAACGGUUGGAUGCUUAGCGCCAGACAGCGAUACGGAUUUGAUGCAGGGCAAACGACUACGACCUCGCCGGGGACGAGAGGGGGAAAGCAUCCUUGAGCUCGAACCUUCGUCGGGUCAAGGCUAUUUUGAGUGGCUGCUGCUUGCCAAUAUGGCAGCUGGCCUGGGUUGA